GGUCAUUUUCUGUAUCGUUCAUGUUUUUAUAUAACUUAUUACAACCAGGAGCCGGAUGUGUUUCUUUCAUGCGCAUGCGCAUCGUUAAGGUCUCCUUCGUUUUCACCUCUAGAUAGGCCCUUGGAACUGUUAAGGUUCGACGAACUAAUAACAAAGUUAACUAUGUACGCCUGUGCUAAAGUCGCCCAACAGUCAGCUAGAUGUCUGAGCAUUGCCAGUCGCUCAGCUUUAAGGCCAUUGGGAAGCACAGUUGUUGUACGGUCUGAGCCUCAGCCAAGUGCUAGCUUAUCUAAUUACAGUGGAAACAAUGUAUUCAGUCUAGUAUCCAAAAAUCCCAACUUUUCAUCUCUUAUCAACCAGAUCAGAACUUUCCAGACCAGUGCCAUCCAGAGGGAUAUCGAUCAAGCUGCCAAAUACAUUGGUGCUGGAGCUGCCACAGUGGGUGUUGCUGGAUCUGGUGCUGGAAUUGGAAGUGUUUUUGGAAGUCUGGUUAUUGGCUAUGCUCGUAAUCCAUCAUUGAAGGGACAGUUAUUCUCCUUUGCAAUUCUUGGAUUUGCUCUGUCUGAGGCUAUGGGUCUGUUUUGUCUUAUGAUGGCCUUCCUGCUAUUGUUUGCAUUUUAACAUCAUUAUUGCAAGCAUAGAGCACAUUUACAUUUUGUUACUAAGAAAAAAAACAACUUAGCAAUUGAUCUUAAAGAUAUAAUGGUUAUUGUUUGCGAAGAUGUGUGUGUGCAUAAAAGACCAAGUAAAAUUCUUAUGAAUCUUGUAAAGGGAAAAUAUGCAUAGACCAAGAGAACUUGUUGGCAGUAAUUUGUCAACGGGUGGGAGUAUUUAUUAGUAUUGGGAGUUAAUUGUAGUUCUGUUUUCUGCUGUAUUUUAUAGUUUUAAUGACUGAAUUUGGAGGUACUACUAUACAGCUAUCUACUAACUUGACUAAAGAGACAAAGCAGAUAGCAUUGUUUAUGUAGCAGCCAAGUUGAAUAUGUUAGUUUUGCCUCUGUAUACUGUAUUUGUGAUAAAGAACAAUUUAAUGCCAAUAAAUUCAGUAUCAUGUAUUAGAUGAGUGUUUUUUAUCUUUUUUAUUUUGACUAUUCUGAUCUUUUUCCUUCAGUUGGGUAAUUUUUUUCAAACUGUUGUCAGCUAUUGGUUACAAGCUCUGGUUUAGUAUAUUUUUCAUUGUAAAAGAUGGUUCGAUUGAAGGUUUGUGAGCUACUGUACAGUUCUUUUCAACCUUUUAGGGGUUGCUGAAAGAAGAAUAAAAUCUUGUUUUGAUAAA